UGCUUCGAAUGUUCGCCAAAGAACUGUUGCUAGGUAACCAGGGCACAUCGUUCCAUUGCGACCUUGAAACAAGACGGAGGAGGUUGUGGAAGUUGUCAUCAGAGUUUGAGGAGGGAUUUUGUAAGAAUAUGGGUGACGCCGAGAAGGGAAAGAAGACGUUUGUCCAGAAGUGCGCGCAGUGCCACACGGUGGAGGCGGGCGGCAAGCACAAAGUGGGGCCCAACUUGCACGGCGUGUUCGGGCGGAAGACUGGCCAGGGCGCGGGGUUCGCCUACACGGAUGCCAACAAGAACAAAGGUAUAAUCUGGAAUGAGGAGACUCUGGAUGUCUACCUGACCAACCCUAAGAAGUACAUCCCGGGCACCAAGAUGGUGUUUGCAGGCCUCAAGAAAGCCAAGGAACGCAAGGACCUCAUCGCCUACAUCAAACAAGCCUGCUCCUAACUGGCUCCACCCCUGUGCAAUUGCCAAGAAAU